AUGUAGUAAAUUAUAUUUUGCUAGUCAAAUCUAUAGUCAAAAUUUGAUCCCAAAUACAAGAGGGCCUAAUAAACCCCGACAAAGAGUACUUUAGCAAUGUCACAAUCAAAGAAUAUGCCAGUGCAGAAAAUACAAGCCAUGUCACUGAUGAGCUGCCUCUUGCCGAGGCUAUCUCAUAAGAAGUUAAUUAUUGCACACAUCUCAAUAAGAAGCAAGAAAUUUAUCUAAAAGUUUUGUUUAAGAUGUGGGUCCACAAAGCUAACCCAUUCCCUCAGAAAAACAAAGGUAGUCCAAAAACAUUACCGUAUGCCCACGGAAAAAAACAUUACCGUUGGUUGUUGAAAAAUAUGGAAGAAAACAGAAGAAAACUGAAAGGCCAAAUAAUUACGCCCUGAUAGAAAAAAAAAGGCGAGCAAAUUAAAUCUCCAUGAUUAGAGAGGCCUGAAAGCGACGUGAUUCUUCCCCACACGCCCGAAAGGAACUGCUAGCGGCUGUGGCUGCGAUUAUGCUUACCUUAGUUGUUUGCUUCCGGGGCAACAGCUCAUCGAGAGCGAGCGUCAUGGCGUCCCUCACGCUUCCCGCCCGCGCGCUUCUUCGCCCGGCGGCCCCCUUAUAUAAACCGAGUUCCGCCGCGUGCAUUAAUUUAUCCGACGGCGAACUCCAUGCACGCGCACGCUCCCACUCUCACCUACGCACUCAUCGACUGAUACUCCAUACGCCAUAGACUAGAAGUGCAGUGUAGUGCUGCCAUUGCCCUAGCUGAUCACUCAAUGUCUGGGCAUGGGUCGUCGGGCAAGCACCCCUUCUACCGCGGCAUCCGGAGCCGGUGCGGGAAGUGGGUCUCGGAGAUCCGGGAGCCGCGGAAGGCCCGCCGCAUCUGGCUCGGUACCUUCCCGACGGCCGAGAUGGCCGCCGUGGCCUACGACGUGGCCGCCCAGGCGCUGCGCGGGCCCGACGCGGCGCUCAACUUCCCCGCCUUGGCCGCCACGCGCCGCGCCCCGGCGUCCGCCUCCGCGGACGACAUCCGCGCGGCGGCGGCCGCCGCAGCUGUCUCCGUCCAGCACGAUCGCGCCGGCGGCGGCAUUGCCCCCGCGGCUGCUGGAUCCGCACUGCAGCUGCAGCAGCAGCUGAGCGGGGGCAGUGCCGCCGCUGCCUCGGCGAGCGGCGCGGCCCAGCAGGAUCAAGCCGGCAUUGGGUUCAACCAGUUCUUCCUGGACGAGGAGGCGCUCUUCGAGACGCCGCAGUUCCUGCGCAGCAUGGCCGCCGGGAUGAUGAUGAGCCCCCCAAGGCUCAGCCCCGACUCCUCCGACGAAUCGCCGGACCCUUCCGAGGCCGGGGAGAGCCUCUGGAGCUACCGCGACCCGUAGCCAUAGCUCGAUCGAUCGAUCGACCAUGGCCUACAUGCCAUGGCGUCGCGACUUGCUACUAGUACCACUACUAUUGCAGCUACAGCACCACUACUGAACUUGGAGCCUGAAAUAACGAGGAUAGGUAAGGAGGCGCGAACCGGUGUUGGAGAUCCCAUUUUUCUCUCCGGUAACGCAUGCAGAUGUGGGUUGGGUUUAUCGUCCGCCUGAUCUCCUUCUACCUCUUCUCUCCUUCUUCUCCCUAUCUAUCUAGACUAUUUUUCCCCUUGCUGUUUGAAGUGUUUUGGACCUUCUGGUUUGAUGAAAGCCAGAGGGGGAGAAGGUCUCCCGUUUCACCAGCUCUGGCUCUGUUUGAAGCAUCCGAGCUUGGCAGUAUAUAAAGCUGCAGCAGCGAGAUACUUCGCUAAAAUGUCGAGCGGGUCACGAGGAGGCCUGUACGCACUGUUUAUGUGGAUGUACCACGUAAGUACUUAGUCGUGGAAUCAAGUUUGUACUGUAACUA